GGCACAUACGUCUCACCGACGACUCCCCAACUACUUCCUGGGAGGAGCCGACUGUUAUUUACUCGUUGCUUUCAAUAUCGUUUACUUGUUAAUGAAAUCUUAACGCGGUGAUAUUUGCAGUAAAAAAGGUGUGGCCGACAAGACAAAACAAGAAAACACACCUGUCACGUCUAAUGAGCCAGUGUGCCUUUGCAGCUCCAGCAUGUCGGUGGUGCUGCAGGGCAACUCAGGCUGGGUGCUGGACUCACUGUCCCUCAUUGACCGAAGCUAUGAGCGAUGCAUCCGAUGGACAGGGCUUCACAAAUCACACGUCAAGUGUAGUUUUAACAGACAGUGUUUUCAGAUAUUAAAGAGCCAUUUUAAGCAGGAGGUUAGAACCGGUGUGGGUGGAGAAAGCAGUGAUGUUAUGCAGAAAACAAACAAACAACCAAAGAAACGUAAGCGAAAACAUACUGAGCUCAACCAAGGGGAAAUUAAUGCAAAGGCUUUUCACGAAAAGAUCAGGAGCGUUAUCCUGGAAGGAACACAGUCCUUGGUGGAUUCUGCACGGUCAGUUGGAUACUUUGGUGGAGAGACAGACACUUCCAAAGAUCCUCUUCCUUCCCAGGACUGCAGUCUUGCAGCGCUAUGUGAGAUGGCCAAAGAGCUUCCUCUAGUGAACGAUGAUCAACAGCAGUGGACACAGUCUCUUUUCACAGAGGAAGGCUGCGUUUCACAUGUUGAUCUCUUCUCUCAAGUGACUGAGAACAGGGAGGCCUGGGCAGCAGUGGUAUCACUGAUGGGAGAGGACUAUAUAAUACCUCCUAAUACUGCUUUCCUCCUCUCUGAUUUCACAAGAAUACAACCACUUUUGCAAUCUGGGAGGAGGUUUGACCUCAUUGUUAUUGAUCCUCCGUGGGAAAACAAGUCUGUGAAAAGAAGUCGCAGAUACAGCUCUUUGCCUUCAUCCCAGCUGAAACGCCUUCCCGUCCCCCUUCUGGGGUCUCCAGGUUGUUUGGUGGUCACCUGGGUGACAAACAGACCAAGUCACCUCCGUUUUGUCCGUGAAGAGCUUUAUCCACACUGGGAUGUAGAAGUUGUGGCCGAAUGGUUCUGGGUCAAGGUCACCACAUCAGGGGAGUUUGUGUUUCCUCUUGAUUCGCCGCACAAGAAGCCAUAUGAAGUGCUGGUGCUGGGUCGAUAUUGUCCAACCACUGGUGACACAAGCCAUUUACAAACACCAAAUGUUCCAGUUGAAGAUAAGCGUCUGAUUGUGAGCGUUCCUUCAGCCCUGCACUCCCAGAAACCAUCACUGUCAGAAGUGUUAAAGUUAUAUAUUGGAGCUGAAGCUAACUGUCUGGAGCUGUUUGCCCGGAGUCUUCAGCCAGGAUGGACCAGUUGGGGAAACGAGGUGCUGAAAUUUCAGCACAGAAGCUACUUCAAUUUGGAAGCUGCAGAUACCUCUAAAGAAGAGGUGACAGACAACCCUACAGGCACAAAUGGCUCAAGUUAGCCUGAGAAAAGCAAAUGUCCUGCUGCAUCCAGCCUUUCUUACUGUAGAGUUAAUAACUGAUAUUAAACACCUACCAGUUGUUGUUUGUUUUACUAUGUUUUUAAUAAAGAUUUUGCAAGUAAA